UGCAUGCGCCACUUUAUGGUUUACGUGGGUACUAGGGAAUCAAACUAGGCCUUGCAAGAUCACUUGCCAGAAGAAGAGCAAUGCAGCCAGUAGCUUAGUGUCUGAGCCUUAUCAGUGAAGGGCCUGAACACGUUUCUGGAAAGUGCGCCGGUCAGCUUGUUUGUCUCCAGUUAGCCCGUUGCUGUGCUUCUGCGGGAUCAAAGGAUUAGACUGGUGAAGAAUGCUGUCAGAAGGGUAUCUCUGCGGACUUGCCUACUGGAAUGACAUUCACUGGAAUUGUCCGUCCUAUAAUGAGCCGGUGGCUGGGGAGCAGGCAGAGGAGACACAUUCUGUUGCUGCUCUUUCCUAUUCCUCUGUGGAUGAAACCCAAGUCAGAAGUCUUUAUGUGAGCUGCAAAUCUUCUGGCAAAUUUCUUUCUUCAGUGCAUUCAACAGGAAGCCAGCACAGAAGUCAGAGAGUCACAGUGUUGCAGACAAAUACCAACCCUGUAUUCGAAAGCCCAAACUUGGCUGCAGUUGAAAUAUGUAGAGACCCUGGCAGGGAGACCUACUUGGUUCCACCCUCUUGUAAAAGUAUUUGCAAGAAUUACAAUGACUUACAUAUUGCAGGAGGCCAAGUGAUGGCCAUUAACUCAGUGACAGCCAAUUUCCCCCCUGAGAGCAGCUUUGAAUAUGGUCCAUUGCUGAAGUCAUCUGAGAUUCUUUUGUCCAUGGAGGAUUCCAUUGCUCAGCCCAGUGACUUUCCCCUAAAACCUAUUCAGCAAUACUCGUCCUACUGGAGAAUCACUAGCAUCAAGGAGAAAAGCAGCCUACAGAUGCAGAAGCCUAUUUCAAAUGCAGUGUUGAAUGAGUACCUCGAGCAGAAGGUGGUGGAGUUAUAUAAGCAGUACAUUAUGGACACCAUGUGCCAUGAUAGUUCUCCUACCCAAAUCCUCGCAUCAGAACUCAUCAUGACAAGUGUGGAUCGAAUCAGUCUUCAAGUGUCCAGAGAGAAGAACCUGGAUACCUCAAAAGCCAGGGAUAUAGUCAUUAGUCGCUUAUUGCAAUUGGUGUCAAGUGAGAUCAGCACUCCUAGUCUCCAUAUUUCUCAGUAUAGCAAUGUGAAUUCAUAGAGAGGGCUUGUCCAUUCCUCCCAGCUCCUCGGACCCAAAGCCACAACAUAUUCCUUUAUUUGGCAGGUAUGCUGGCAGGGAUUAUGGAAGGGAAUUAAGAGAAACUUCAUAAGGCUAUACAUGCUGUCAGAAUGCAGGAAGAGGAGCCCUAAGGAAUGGUUUUCAAGGCAUGUUUAUGCAGCAACAAAGCAAAAAUAAAGAUUAAAAAACAAACAGAAAAGGUUACAGUUCACUUAUGGGAGUACUGAAAUUGGAAAAUACUAUCCAAUUCAGAAAAACAAAGACAACAACAACAACAGAAACGCUAUGGCAAAACUUAAAUGCCAAAAAGUUUUAGGAUA